AUGUCCACGCCCUCGAGGAAGCCAGCUACCCCUGGCGUUGGUCGGGUCUCAGCCGCAGAUUCGACCUCACCCCAUAACUCACCGUCACGACAGACCCCUCGAUCCUCCACCCCGACUUCAAAUACACCUAGCUCCGUUAACAGGACGCGUUCUGUUCGGUCCUCCGCUCCCGUGUCCGCCCGUUCUGCCGCAGCGAGGCGCGAGUCGCUCCUGAGCAACGGCACGACAGAGACCCAGAAGCAAGCCCGUGAGGAAGCCGCAGCUGCCAUAGAAGACCUAAAGGAUCGGUUAGCCAAGGCCGAGGGCGCCGCCGAGAAUUACAGGAAACAGAUCGAAGUCCUGCAGUCGCGCCACGAUGAUACCGUUAAAGAGCAGGCGAAGCUGGAGGAGCGUCUGCAUGAAGCCGAGGAACAGAUUGAGUCGCUCACGAACGAGAAGCGCGAUGCUGCGAGGAAAAUCCGAGAAAUGGAGACAAUUUACGAGGCCGAACGCAGCGCCAUGAUGAAGGAGAAGGAAGACAUGGCCAAUAGGGAAGAGGAAAUGCAAACCGUCAUCCAGAGACUAAAAGAGAGCCUUGCUGCGCAAAAGUACAACAGCAACGAUGACGAUGAUGUUCGUCCGUCUAGACAGGCGAACAACUCGCCCUCUGUCGAUGGCGGUAGCUUCGCGCCACCUUCUUCCCUCAACCGAAGUGACUCUCGGAAUAACUCCAAGCUCCUCCUCCAGAAGGAUAAGCUUAUAGAAUCUCUUCGCCUCGAGCUUGCUGAGGCUCAGAUCAAGCUCGUUGAGUCCGAGAACCAGGGUGGCGGUCGUCUGCAGGAGGUUGAGAGGCUGCUGAUGGAGGCCCGUAUGGCGAAUGCUCGACUGAUGGAAGACAAUGAAAGCUACCAGCUGCUCCUGCAGGAAAGGACCCUGAAUGGGGAAUUUAAGAAUAGCCUUGCCUCCAUGGGUGGCGCUGCCGCUAACCAGGACGCCUUGAACGCUCUCGAGGGACGCAGCAGCGGUACUACACUAGCUGACGAGCUCUCCGUCGCUGCGGAAAGUGAGAGCGAUAACUACCGCCGGCUUGAGGCUGAGCUCAAGUCUCUAAAGGAAGAGAACAAGGCUCUGAUCCUCUACAUCGACAAGACCCUCGGAAAGGUCCUUCAGCACCCUGAGUUUGAGGCAAUCCUCGAUCAGUCCAUGAGCAUGGACAAGGCCAAUACACAAAAGGAGCUUCCCCCGCCGCCCCCGGCCGAAAAGGACCAGCAAUGGGCUGGCGCGUCGCUCUUCCAGCGGGCCAAGUUCACCGUGGGAGCCGGCCCCAAGCCCAAGCCUCGCCCAAUGUCGGUCAUGCCCACGUCCACUACACAGAACUCGAUUCACAACAAUCCCGAGACAGCACCUAAGAUCCCGAUCGGCAACUUGACCCGGUCCAGCAGCGUUCGUCGUUCUAGGCCCAUGAGCGAGCAGUAUACUGGAGCCGGCGGCAGCAUGCUCGGUCAGAGGUAUCGUGGUUCGGACGGCCCCGCAUCGCCUACCUUCAGCGAGCCCCGUCGGUCGCAGACUUUCUUCUCUCCGGGUGGGAUAAGCAAUGCAGGCGCCCGAUCUCCGAGCGGGCAGCACGCACCGUCGUCUGGCAACUUCCCUGGUAUGAGGAGCGAGUCAUCAAGCAUCAGUGGCGAUUCUGGGGACAUCACCACACCUCCCUCGCAGUCUCCGCCCCGACCCGGCCAUGGCGAUAAGGCCACGUUCGGAGGCAACAAGCCUCGGCCCCUGCGGCUCCUGCAAGAACACCCCGAGUCAGCGAAGCCCGACGCGAACAAGAGGGCGAGUUGGAUAGGUUGGGCUUCGGGCUGGACGGGCAAGAAGGAGGAGGUAGCUCCAACCGCCGGCGCUAUUACUGAGUAG